GUGACCAUGAUGUCAUCGGACGAGGAAGUACCUCUCUGAGCAGGGUGUACUGGGGUGAUGGCAUCUUAUAAAAAGACCGCCUCAGAAAGAGAAGAUUGUAACCGGGAUGAGCCCCCUAGAAAGAUCAUUCCAGAGAAGAAUACACUUAGACAGACAUACAACAGCUGUGCCAGAUUGUGCUUAAACCAAGAAACCGUGUGCUUAUCUGGAUCUGCCAUGAAGACAGAAAGCUGUGUAGUUAAAACAAAACUUGCCAAUGGCACUUCCAGCAUGAUUGUGCCCAAGCAGAGAAAGCUUUCCGCAAACUACGAGAAGGAAAAAGAGCUUUGCGUCAAGUACUUUGAGCAGUGGUCGGAGUGCGACCAGGUGGAGUUCGUCGAGCACCUGAUCUCUCGAAUGUGCCACUACCAACAUGGACACAUAAACACAUACCUUAAGCCAAUGCUACAAAGGGAUUUCAUCACUGCUUUGCCAGCUAGAGGGUUGGAUCACAUAGCAGAAAAUAUCUUGUCCUACCUGGACGCCCAGUCGUUGUGCUCUGCAGAGCUUGUGUGUAAGGAGUGGUACCGAGUCACCUCCGAUGGUAUGUUGUGGAAAAAACUUAUCGAAAGAAUGGUCCGAACAGAUUCCUUGUGGAGGGGACUGGCAGAGAGGAGAGGAUGGGGUCAGUAUCUAUUUAAAAACAAGCCGCCUGACGGAAAGACCCCCCCUAAUUCCUUCUACAGAGCACUUUAUCCUAAAAUUAUCCAAGACAUUGAGACGAUAGAAUCUAAUUGGCGGUGUGGUCGACAUAGCUUACAAAGAAUUCACUGCCGGAGCGAGACGAGCAAAGGAGUCUACUGUUUACAGUAUGAUGACCAGAAGAUCGUGAGCGGACUCAGAGAUAACACAAUAAAGAUUUGGGAUAAGAACACUUUGGAGUGUAAACGAGUAUUGACAGGACACACCGGGUCUGUUCUCUGUCUCCAGUAUGAUGAGAGAGUAAUUAUUACCGGCUCAUCUGACUCCACUGUCAGGGUUUGGGAUGUAAAUACGGGCGAAAUGCUGAACACGCUGAUUCACCACUGCGAGGCCGUGCUCCAUUUACGUUUCAAUAACGGCAUGAUGGUCACCUGCUCCAAAGAUCGUUCCAUCGCAGUGUGGGACAUGGCCUCGGCCACCGACAUCACACUACGGAGGGUCCUUGUGGGACAUAGAGCUGCUGUGAAUGUGGUGGACUUUGAUGACAAGUACAUAGUGUCUGCAUCUGGGGACAGAACUAUAAAGGUGUGGAACACAAGCACGUGUGAAUUUGUACGGACUUUAAAUGGUCACAAACGUGGAAUUGCUUGUCUCCAGUAUCGAGAUAGACUUGUAGUGAGCGGCUCAUCCGAUAAUACCAUCAGGUUGUGGGACAUAGAAUGCGGUGCUUGUUUACGGGUUCUUGAAGGACAUGAAGAGCUGGUACGAUGCAUUCGUUUUGACAACAAGAGGAUAGUCAGCGGAGCAUACGAUGGGAAAAUUAAAGUGUGGGACCUUGUGGCUGCGUUAGAUCCGCGCGCUCCCGCAGGGACACUUUGUCUGCGGACACUUGUGGAACACUCAGGAAGAGUUUUCCGUCUACAGUUUGACGAGUUCCAAAUAGUCAGCAGUUCUCACGACGACACUAUACUUAUUUGGGAUUUUCUAAAUGACCCAGCUGGACAUCCGGAGUCCUCCCGUUCACCUUCUAGAACAUACACUUAUAUCUCCAGAUAAAUAACGCUAAAUAGUACCUCACAAUUGCACAGGACUUGUUUGGAAGAUAUGGUAAAUGAAUCGCCUGUGAAUGCCAGGAAAAUAAACUAUUUACUUGACCAGUAUUUGAUGAAAGAGGCCCGUUUGUCUUGACACACCCUGAAAUAAUGACACGGUGUGACAGCUUGACGCAGCCCGGGCCAUCCUGCACAGCGGACUGCUGGAGUGCUGCUAUAAGAAGAUUAUCAUCUUUUUUUUCUUUCUUUUUUUUUUUAAUCCUCCUCUCUGUCAUUGAUACAGGGGUUUGUGCUUUUUCUGUUGCAUAGCUUGCACACUCCUGUAUCAGUGACCCGGGGUAUCCUUAAAAAAAAAAAAAAAAAAACUGUUUAAAUGUACGAAACGGACAAGUGACAGAUUCUUUACAUAUAUUUAAAUGUCUUGCCAGAAUAUCCGUUGCUUUGUUGUAAGCGAAAGAACAUUACGCUGCUUUCAAGUGUGGUUACGUUUGGCGAUUCCUAGAACUUAUACAAUUGACUUGGGAAAUUGGAAUAAGAUUUCUUUCACAAGAAUGACUCAAGACCCCCUAGUGAAAUAAAAAUGUAUGUCUUACCCUUGUAAGCAUGUUUUUUUUUUUUCUUUUUUAAAUCCACCCACCGCCUUUUUUUAAAUUAUUGUAAUUUCUUUUUAUUGCAUUGUCAUUUUUUUCAUUCUUCAGAGUUUGCUUGUGUAUUCAUUUUCCUCCCUCUAUUAUGUAUUGUAACUGUUCAUGUGUUGUGGAAUCAUGUUUAGUUCUCUAUGGGCUAUUAAAGUAUAGAGUCAAAAUACAUGGAUUAGAUAUUUUAUUAUCAUAUAGGGGAAAUCAUUUUAAAAGGAUUUAUUAUUUUUAAAUAUUAGGAUAUGUUUUUUUUAUAUACUACGUGCAGUCUAUUAUGUUACAAUGUGGUGUUAGGCAUUUAUCCUUUAAAGCAGGGAUGCCCAACCUGCAGCCCUCCAGCUGUUGUAAAACAACUCCCAUCAUACUCAGCUUUAGGCUUUCCGGGCAUGCUGGGAGUUGUGGUUUUGCAACAGCUGGAGGGCUGCAGGUUGGGCAUCUGUGCUUUAAAGUGUUUGUACUAAGAUCAGAAUUUAUCCGCUGUCCACGGGAUAAGCAUUCACUCUCUAUAGGACUGGCAGAAAUAGCUGUCGGUCUCUGGCAGUCCCAUUGAGAAUCAAUGGAGGGGCGUUGCGCAUGUUUGGCUGCAUUUAUUCAUGGGUAUCGGGAUCUGCAUUGUCAUAAUUGAUGGGGGUCUCAGCUGUCAGCCCCAUAUGAUCAGAUGCUCAUCACCUGUCCCGGUGAUAAGUUGUGAUCUCGGCACAAUCCGUUUUAGAAGUCAACCACCACAAAAUAUUAUUUUUCAAAUAAUUUUUUCUUUAGGCUGACCAUUAAUAUACUCUAUAAUAGUCAUUUUCAAUUACUUUCCAUUUAGGUAACUAAUUUGGGAUCCUCAAUCCUUUAAAGGGACACUCCAGGCAAAAUUGGUACACUGGCUGAAAUGUAUUACCGUCUUAAAUUCAGAUUGUUUAAAACUAGACCAAGCGAGCAGAAGAUGCACUAAUCUUAGCACGGUGGCUCACACUGUGUGAUAGAUCUGGUGCGUCUCUUCCUUUAUGUUGCUUCUUGGCUUAUUUUACGCCUGUAUUUUUUUGCAAAAUUUGGGCAGAAAGUUUGCCCUGUUUUCACGACUCCUCUAAGCCACAUACCCUUUUCUAGAUACUUUUCAAAACUGUCAUGUGACGCCCAAAAAGCCUCUAAUACACACAAUGUCUCAAGCGCAAGGCAUGUACAACAGUUUUUAGUGCAAAUUGAGCCCAUUGCAUUGGGCCCAUGGGUGACCUGUCUUUAAAGAGCACCAAAGACAGAAUCUCUGUGUCCUGCUGCACUCCCUCAUGUGUUCAUGCCAAGCUGCAAAAAAUUUUCAACUGACAUUUUUUCUUAACUAUAUUCAGAAGAGAUCAAUCUUUUUGAAGGGCACAUUUGGUUAUCAAUUUCUGAUUGGUUCAAGAAACGACCAAAGUAACAUCUCACCAGUCUUUCCAGUGGCCACAAAGUCAUAACUUGUCUUUGUUUAGUUUUUUUGUUUUUUGUAAUUAUAGCCAAUUAAUUAAGCCCAGUUUUAGGUAGAAAUUUUUGAAGGCUAUGGGCUGUAUAAUAAUUUGUCACCUAUUACUUAUCACCAUGUCACAGGUGCAUCCUUUGAUCUUUUAGAGAAUGGUAGAAAACGUAUUGUUAUUAAUACUCUUAAUGGUCACAUACAUGUGGUAACUGAACACAGUCAUCUCCUCUAUCUAUCAAAACUACACAUUGUUCCUUGGCCACACAGACUUGUGAUCAUGCCAGAGUAAAGGCACAGUCCUGUGACUACCACAACACAACAGUUUGAAGGUUGCUUUCAAUAUUUGUAUUUUUUAUUUUUUUUUGCUAUAACAAACCAUCGCCAUCAUGGUUCCACGACUUUCUGGUGACCGUAAGGUCUUGUGUGGUCUUGGUCUUAAUUUAAUUAUAAGCAUUAGAUAUAUAAAUAACACUGGACACUGUCACCAGAAUGUUAAUACCGUGAGGUGUGCCAUAGAUGCAAAAAGUGUUCAGGGCAAAAUCUAAAUUUUUGUUUUAAUUUUUCAAACCUUCACAUGUAAAAUUACAUCUGUAAUCAGGUUGUUAAAGGGGUUAUCCUAAGAAAAUGUUUACCACCUAUCCAUAGGAUAGGUGAUAAAUAACGGAUUACAGGGUUGCAACAGCUGGGACAGUCAUCAUUUCUGAGAAUGAGCGGGGUCCCUGAGUCUCCUGAUUGGGGUGGUGGUGCAUAUAUUAGACAUUGGCCCAUUCACUUCUAUGGGACUGCACUCCGUCAGCUCCAUAGAAAUCAAUGAAACGGUGGACCAGUGUGCACACUAUAGCUCCAGAACUUGAGGAACCCUCGUUCUCAGGAUCUCUGGGGGUCCCAACAGUUGGACCCUUGCAAUCUGUUAUUUAUCACCAAUCCCAUAGAUAAGUGAUGAAUAACUUUUAUGGAAAAAACCCUGACCCCUCUCAUUAUUUGCACUAUUUUAGUGAGGUGUAGAUAAAGUUUCUGAUGGGGCCAUGGGGUUAGCUAGAGUUUUCAGAUAUAGGUGUAGGACUGCAAACUGAAUAUUUGUCCCAGGUGAUGGAAGCUCUGUUCAGUUUCUUAUUUUGUGUGGUAUCCCCUUACAAUCCUUAAAUGGGUAUUCCCAUCUGAGACAAUAUGGGCAUAUUGGUAGGAUGUAAGCCAGGGCUCGGCUAUUUUCAUUGACCCCAUAGAAAUAAAUGGAGGGCAGCUGCGCAUGCGCAGUGCGUCCUCCAUAGCUUUCAGGGCUCCGUUAUCAGUGUAGGUGUGGGUCCCAUCCUAGCGAUAUGCCCCCAUUGUCUCAGAUGGGAAAACCCCUUUAAAAAGUUAAAUACAUUUUUUUUUUUACCCAUUGUAAAGAAAAAUGUAAUAACUAGAAUGACCAUAGUAAAAAUGAAAUGUACUAAUCACUAGAAUUACUAUAGUGAACAGAACGAAUUUAUUUAAAAAAAAAGUUAAAAUUACAAUUUUUAUUUCCCAGGCUCAUUUUCCCAAUAAAAUUUUUGUUUGCAUUUUUAUUUAAUAGACUAUUACUUAUGGCAAUCCUUACCAUUAUAUUUCUAGCUAGACUAGUUUUAGAAUAUAGAAAUUUACACACAAUGGUAAAAUAAAUUAAAAUAUUGGAUACAGUAAAUAAUGCUGAGAUUUUAGAGUUUUCGCCCAGUUUUAUAUGUACAUACAUACAUUCUCUCUCUCUGUCUCAUCUCGGUUCACACAAAAUACAGAUUCAUUGCAAUCAGAACUUUAAAAAAAAAAAUUGUUCGAAUUUUAGAAUGAAUUUGCUCAUUUCUAAUAGUCUGCAACGCAAACUAAUGGGGGAGAAAAACGGGGAAAGGUGGAAAGAAGACUGGAAUAUCCAUAUCCAGGCAUUUGUCGCAAAUAAGUAAAAUUUAAAGAAUAUGUAUUAAAAAGCAUCAGUGCAGAAGAACCUUAAUCGGAUAAAAAUGUUGUAAACUUUUUGUAAUCAAAAAUUCAUAUUUUGUUUCUUUUAGUUUCUUUUGUUUAUCAGACCAGGAGUUUCAUGCUGCCCUAUCUGAGUAAAUCAUUAGCAAGAAUCCCUGUUGAGCACUGGAGUCUACUCAGUAUGAUGUACACGCUCAGAAGUCCUGAUAUUCAUGAGCUGCUGGCUUCCCCUGUCACUGAUUGACAGCUUUUUUUUUCCCUUUCCUGUAUAAAGAGAGAAAACUGCCAAUCAUCCACAGAGAGAGCAGCAACUCAUGAAUACAAGGACUCCAGCGCUUGGGUCCCAUCGUGGUGUGCCACCAGUGAUUUUAAGAAAACAAGUGAACAAAAAAAGUAAAUGAUUGGUAUUUGAAUUAGGGUCUCUGUCAGCAGUUUAUGCUGCCAGACAGGUCAAACAGGUCCCAUUUUUCUUUUCCUAGUAGUGUAAAUAACUGUUGCAAAAUAUCAUUAAAAUCUCUUCUCUUCCACCAUAAAUGAAAUGUUUUCUUAAUUUUAGAUAGAUCUAUCAAAACGGCUGGCUCACUAAACUAUACAAAAUAUAAUUUAAGAUAAAUGCAUCGUGUGUCUUAUGGAUAAUGUACGUUCCGUAUAGAUGGCUUUUUCGGCAUUACUUUGUACAGCCAUAUAAAUGAUGUAUCGCUUUCAAAAGAACAGAAAAUUAAGAAAUGUUCCUCGUUCAGAAAUCGGAAUUCUAAGAUGAUUAUUGACCUGUAAAAUAAAGCUAAUAGGAAUAGUGUAUACGGUACAUAACAUCGGGUUGUGGUUAUGGCUAAUCUUGUAGAAGUUUAUCAGUUUUAGCUAUUAUUUUCUGACAACUGCAGGGCUGAAGUAGGAAAAAUAGUGCUUUCAAAUUAUCCUUCGACCCAUCUCGCUGAGGCAGUGUUCUGAGCAGAAGGAAGAUGAAUUGGGAAAGUUGAAAGUUUAUUUUCUCCAACGUUGUUUGCUAUCUUCUUGAUCUCGUUCUAUUCCCCAGAUUCUUCAAACGUUUCCCGCAACUAAAGAGUGGAACGCAGAGUUUCAUUUGUAAGAACGUUAUUUCACUCCAGGCAUGCUUUAAUUAUAGUGAAUUCAGUAGAAGCGUAUAUCACCAGUGUUGGGUAAAAACAUUUGAUAGCCUUUGUAAUCUUCAAUCUCACCUCUAAUCCUAGUAAUAAAAAUGAAAGAUGGCCAUCCGUGAUGAGUCUUAGUGUGUUAACAGAGUAUUGUCUGCAUUUUUUUUUUUUAAAUUACUCCACUCGACAUACAUUUAUAAUUUUUUUCUUGUCUUCAUUGUUAAUUUGGAUACUAAGAAAAACAAAACUAAAGUAUAUUGUAUGUGCAGUAAUGUGUAUUUUUUUUUUCAUAUUGGAUAAAAGUAAUGUCUUUUCAGAUGUCACAGAGAAAAAAAAAAUAUUGUGCAUUGCGGAGUACAUGACGGGUUUGUAAAAUAAUAAAAAAUGUGAAUUUUUUAUUUUUUUUAACUUGUGCCAAAUGCUAGACCCCAUCACCUGAUUAUUUUUACAGCCAAAGAAAACUGAGCAUUAUGUAUUACAUUUAAGACCGUAACCCUAGAAAGAACUGACAGAGUAGCAUCAUUGUCCUCCUUAGACAAACUGUUCCGCAGAACGCGUACUGAAUCGUAUCAGUUUUCACACUGGCAGACAAUGUUCUCUGAACUGUUAUCAUGACCUACUAAAUGCAUUUGGUGUAAAGCGUUUGAUGUGAAUGAAUGAUUUACCAUGGGGGCUAUGAGGUUCUGCUAUGAAAGUAUAAACUGUUAGUUUAUAGUGUAAAAAAUUGCUUAUAUGUAGCAAUUUUAUAAAAAAAAAAAUCUUUUUGAUUUCUAAAAAAAAAAAAAAAAAUAUACAAAACGACUGCAACAUGUUAGUUAUUCCUGAAGCGCAGCUAACUAAUCCAACAACCGUAUUUAAUUGCAAAAAGAUCUUUUGAAUAAAAUACAUAUUUGUUCUCGUUUGUGAAGAUACUUUGAUGAGCUUUCAUUUAUUUUAUUUUUUUUAUAUUCUGUUUGGGCCCAUACAAUGUUUCCCUAAGUAUGAUGUACUUUGUUACAAAUUAAAAAAAAAAAAAGAUUUAAAAAAUAAAAAAUCUAUAACAUUUUUGAAAGUAAGGAAAACAAAAACACUAGAUGUGUUUGUUGCUGUGACGUAUGCUUUGUACCAAUGCAUGGUGAUAUACUUGAUAACCUUGAUGAGUUUGGUGUUGAUAGGGUAAUCCAAUGUGUGUUCAAGCAAUGUUAAAUAGGAUUUCAUGCCACGAUAAGCACUAUAAUACUGAACAAUCGUAUUCACAGUUGUGUGUUGAAUAUUGGAUGUUAUUCUUUUUGUCAUGUGUUUCUAUACCAAUUUUUCUUCUGAGAAAAAAAAAAACUGGUUUCUCAGAUUACCAUCUAUUACCAAGUGUAUCUCGAAAGUAUUUUGUGAUGGAAGGUUUACAAAAAAGUUAAAAUGAGCUAUGAAGGACACCACAUUUUUUAUUUUAUUUGUAAUCUGAUGCUCAUGGACUAUGUUGCCUUGAAUUAAAGUUAUGACGAUUACUCUUUUUUUCAAUCUUGUCCUUUCACAACAUGCAAAAGGGUGAUCCUCGGCUACAAGGUCUAAAGUUCUAUUUUUAUGCAAGUAGUCUAUGGGAAUGCAUGUUACUUUUUUUUUUAUAUAUAUGUCAUAGGUUGAGUGUUACUGACAUAUCACAAUUCACAUUUUGAAUCCCAGCCGUACUUUAAAUAGCAGAUAUAGAUUUUAUCUAGAAUACUAGAAAUCAUUACAAUUUGACAAAUAUUCACUACUAGGUGAUAACGCUAUAUCUGCAUUCAAAGACAGACAUACAUUUUUCCAAGAGUUUAGGUUAUCCGUAGUUUUCCCGUAGCACUAUUAACAGUUGUUGCCUUACUCAUGAAAGCCUUUCUGAUCAUAUUUUGAAAACUUU